AGUCUCGCGCGAACAUUGUUGAGCUCAUUGCUGCUGCGUCUUCAGUUGGUCUCGAAAACCCAUCGUGGAUGGUUGUUUGUCUUUUGGAGUACCAUACACAACCACACCACUUCAUUCAAAAAAAAAAAAAGAAGAAGAAACCAUCUCAAUCCUCCUUAUAGUGCUCGUUAUUGUCUAAUCUAUUCCUAAUCGAGGAUUAAAGAAAAGAAAAAACCGCAAAAGAAUUCAUUGCAAAAAAAAUCAAGUUUUGUGUGGAAGAUGUUGGUGAAAAAGAAGAAAAUUAUGUGAUUCCAAAGAGGCGAGAAAGAUUGUAGAAAAUCUUUGGAAGGAAAAAGAAUCUUUGCAAACGAAUAAGAAGUGCAAUAAUCCAGUUUAAUCUUCAAUACUCUUGGCAACAUAUUUUUUCCGCACCAUUGCGAGCAUUCUACGAAAGAGAUUUUGCCCCAAUUCGUGAGUGAUGUUGGGUAGAAAUUUAUGUGUCAUAUUUUGGUGGACUCUAUAGAUGCUAAUUUUGGAGUUGUUUUCUCUUCUCAUAACAUUCCUCUGUGUGCAUAUAGGGCAACUUCUUUGGCCAACAUAGCUCUAAACACCUUCUAAGUUAAGAAAUUGUUACUUUAAGAAUUUUAUUUAUUUAUUUUUUAAGUUUGUUCUGAAAGUGUUUUAAUAAGAAAAAAAAAGUUAUUCAAAAUGUGGUUCUAUAAAUGGAUUUUGAUGACAAUUCUUCUCAAGAAUUCAAUCAACGGAUUAAGUACAGUCUCCAGUGAUCGUGAAUCGAGAAAAUUGUUCGGAGGCUACAGAAUCACACCGAAAUUCUGCAAACCAUCCAAGUCACUGCCCAAAGAUGAUAUUCGAGCUCAUGGUCCCACGAUCUGCAUGUUCAACCAUGAGUGCACACAGCGACAGGGACAAGUUGUUGGUGCCUGCAUGGACGGAUUUCUCUUCGGCACAUGCUGUCAACUCCAGGGAAGCGUAGACUCCCCCCUGACGCCACCAACAGACGAACUCGACGAUCGACCCAUUACAAAUCAAGCAAUAUCGCAAUCAUACGAAACCUAUGGGAAUCACAUUCUUCCCGGGAAUGCCCCAUACAAUGAGAUUAAAAUUCAGGAUAGACCUGCAACGACACCAGAUAGUGCCCAAAAAUUCACAAGUCACUACUAUGUGAACAAUGAAGCUGUUGUUGUGUCAUCCCCCUCAUCAGUGCACAAAGCAUCCACCUAUAUGCCCAUGACAUCGAGUUCAACACCACCCCCGCAGGCUUCAACGAAAAUCGGAGAUAUCUACCUGCCCAUGGACUCAAGUCCGAGUCACUACAGUUCCGAAAUCCCCACAAGACUCUCAUCACCAUUCAGCUCAACUGAGCCAACCACCCAGGAAUAUUUAUCUGCAAGUCAGAUGAAUUACGUCACAAACAGCCUCCUGGACAACAACUUCAACACACACUUCACGCACAGCGAUAUAACACAUCCAGGAGCUGAUGCAGAUCUUCUGGGUGACGAUGAUGCGGGCUACGCAAGACCCAGCGACUUCACAUCCGCCGGCACAUUUAUCUCAUCCCCAACACCAAAACCAUCCACAAAGAAUACACCCCCUAAACCAGAAUUCAAACCCAAACCAAAGCCAACGACAGCAAGUCCCAAUAAAUACGUCCUGGUUCACACAAUAUCCAAUGAUAAACCGAGCGCAAAGCCAACAAUUGGAGAGAAUGAUAUAGAGUCAAUUGAAUCAAUAAUUCUAAUGUUGAAUGAAACAAACACAGGGCCACAGUACAAUGCUGCUUCGACUCCGGAGGAUCGUGAAACAACCUUCUACACCACGAGAUAUCCUGGUUACAAUUACACUGAUAUUAAUACGGAUAAAUACGGACCAACAAGUUUCUAUGUAACGACGAAAUUCCCAACAUCUACGGGGAAGCCAAAUCAAGCACAGAAAACAAAGAAGCCAGCAACGAAGAAACCACCAUCUACGAGCUAUGUCUCCAGCACGGUUGCCGUAACACCACGACCAGGUGCAACGACAACGAAGAAGGGCACAAAGCGCCCAAGCGGGGGCACGAAAGUUACACAGAAACCUCCAUCAACAAGCUACGUUUACUCAUCGCAGCCAACAAAGAGACCCACAAGCGUCACAGUGUCUACGAGUCCACAGAAAUUCCAAACAUCACCACCUCCACUCCUUUCCAGCACUACACCAACGGUCAUCGUCUUGAGUCCCUUUGAUCCCUCAAGUUCAACACUUCCACCAGAGCAGAUCAUUCAAUCGAAGCCAAUUGAACAGGAGUUCUACAAUGAAGAUGAUACAGGAUAUGGUCAAGUUUCUGUUACCCAGAGACCUUCUCCUACUGUUGUGAUUACCCCAAAACCCGCUCUUGGAUCCUCCCCCUGGCCACAGCAGUCUCGUCCCACUAAACCUCCGAGUACAUCAUACGUUUAUAGUCCUGUUGUAACCAAGAGACCAAUUCAGCAGGCAACACCACCGUAUGGGCCAUCAAGUACAUUCAGUUCCAACUACUACAGACCUCAGUAUGAGCAAACUGUCUCCUCAACGGCCAUUUACACAGCUGAAGAAUCCGAUGGGAUCUAUAACUACAUUCAAACACAAACUGAUUACAACAAUAAUGCCGUCUAUGCUGGUUCAACUCUUCCAUACCCAGAAAUUUCAACCAUCAAAGAAGAUUACUUAACACCACAAGAUGAUUUGGUCAAUUUCCCUCCUGUUAGAAAUCCCAAUUUAAAUACUUCCCUAAAUUAUCCAGGAGCUGAAGAAGAGGAAGAAGUCGUUACACCAACAUUCCUUGAAGAUCAGAAAUUCAAGGAUAAAAUGGAUCUUCUUGUAAGCAAAAUUGUUGCAUCGUUGCAAUCGAAUUUUGAUAGUUUGGCUGAUGUUGUGCUCGAAAGGAAUACAACAAAUGUAAUUCAGAAGCGUCCAACGGCUAAACCCGGAGUUGCUACGUCAAAACCACCAACGAGGAAACCAACACCUAAACCACCACAGAGAACAACUGUGCCGCCGUUGGGUGUUACAUCGCGCCGGCCACCAACGAAACCUGCAGCUACUGGAGCUACACGGCCGGGUGUAACAACGAGAAAACCCACAGCUAGGCCGGGGCAGAUUACCAGUAGUCGCCCAACUAGGAAGCCAACAACCACACUGCUAACAACCCGAAGACCAACGCAGAAGGUAACAACAACAGUGAGACCUACAACACGGCCAACGAAGCGAAUCAAGACUACAACUGUACUAUCCACUACAAAUGCUGAAGACUAUGACACUGAAGAUGUUGGUGAGGAGCAAGAUGGUGAAACAUCAACACCUGUGACUGAUGAUGAUGGGAGGAUCCGAUGCGGUAUCCGACCCCACGUCAAGAGCGCGAGGAUUGUAGGUGGGAAGAGUGCUCACUUUGGUGAAUUCCCAUGGCAAGUACUCGUCCGGGAAUCAACAUGGUUGGGAUUGUUCACGAAAAACAAAUGCGGUGGUGUCUUAAUCUCCAACAGCUACGUGAUAACAGCUGCUCAUUGUCAACCAGGAUUCUUGGCAUCCCUUGUGGCUGUUUUUGGGGAAUACGACAUUUCCGGCGAAGUGGAAUCUAAACGUUCUGUAACGAAGAAUGUUAAGAGAGUAAUUGUCCAUCGGCAGUACGAUGCUGCUACUUUCGAAAACGAUUUGGCUAUUCUUGAACUUGAGAGCCCUAUUCACUACGACACCCAUAUAGUGCCAGUUUGUAUGCCGCCGGAUAAUGCAGAUUUUACGGGAAGAAUGGCAACGGUUACAGGCUGGGGUAGAUUAAAGUAUGGCGGUGGUGUUCCGUCUGUUCUUCAGGAAGUUCACGUUCCCAUCAUUGAUAACAGUGUGUGCCAGGAAAUGUUCCAAACUGCUGGACACAAUAAGAAAAUCCUCAAAUCCUUCCUCUGUGCUGGCUAUGCCAAUGGGCAGAAGGAUUCGUGUGAAGGUGACAGUGGAGGUCCUCUUGUUCUUCAACGGCCAGACGGACGGUGGGAAUUGGCAGGAACUGUCUCUCAUGGAAUUAAAUGUGCAGCCCCCUACCUUCCUGGUGUGUACAUGCGAACAACCUUCUAUAAACCCUGGCUUCAGAGUGUCACAGGAGUUCACUGAGAAGAAGCACAAAUUCCGUCAGCAAAAAACAAAAUUGAUUUAGUAACAAAAAUUUGACAAAAAUCACCUUUAAAAAAAACUCCAAUGUGUUAAAUGUACAAGAUCUGCCUCUCUUGAGAAAGAAAAAUUCCUCUCAAUUUUAUUAUUAGACGAUGAUCAUUGAAAUAAUAUUUUUCAUGUGGAAUUAAUUGAUAUAUCUUAACACAUUUUCCGAUUAAAAGUCGUCUUGAGAAUCUCCCGUAUUCUCAAUCGAUAUGAAAAUCAAUGGAGUUGAGUAGUUAAAUAGGAAGGAAACUCGCCUUUAUUUAAUUUUUAAUGAGAAAAAAGUAUAAAUUCGGUAAUUUAUUUAUUUUGUAUUGUUGAACAAAAAAAUGAAUUGUGAUGAAUGUGAGGAAUUGAGGAAAAUUCUUUCUCUCUCUUUUCUUCCUAUAUUAAAAAAAAAAAGAAAAAUGAUGAAAUUGUGUAUGAAAAGUGUGUAAAAGUGUGUAUUAUUUUGUAAUUUAGUCCUUUAGACUUAUUUAUUGUUAUAAAAGAAACAUUGUUAAAUUAUUUAUUUUGUACAUCAUAGAGAAAAUAAACUGUAUUUAUGUUUAUGAUUAAAA